AGACUAGCUCUCCUCGCGAUGACGCAUGGCUCUACUUUGGGGUCCUACGGACGAACGCUGGACCAUAGGAUAUACACAUUUUCCGACCUCGACGAGUGCCGUCAACUUUGCAGCAGUACGGCUCGAUUACCGCUGCGUCCUCCAUUGCCGAAUGCACCUGUGCUGCGUGUUACGAACUCCUGCCGUCUAUAAGCUCGUGCGUCUAUCGUGCACCUUCUCCCAUCGCGUGUGACGUUGAGCGACCACCGCGCGAGGCUAUUUAUGACUCGCCUUCACUGCCUCACAGCCCAUUAGUACUGUCGUUUGUGCUAAUCCUAACGACUUCCUACCACGACCCUACGGGUUGCCGUUCUUCCGUGAGUGUCCCGGCGGGCUGUUUUUACUGUGCUUCCUCACAGUCUGCACUCUUUGAGCUUAGCACUGCUAUGAUCUUCGGAUGCACUCUAAAGUGUAUGAGCUGACAUAGGUCGGGGAUCCUGGGUUUCAGAUAGACUUCCAGCGUUACGCGACACGCACAUAUCUGGAUUCUCCUGACGCCAUCCAGACUUUGAGGUGGGUCUCAGUCCGUUCUGGAGACACGAACUUCUUGGGCUUGAAAAGG